AUGCACAGGGAUUCUUAUGCUGUCUUUAGAUAAUGCUAAAUAACUAAUAUCUUGUUCCUGCAGGUUCGGCUCAUUCAUGGUCCAACUGUAUUUUUAAAACGGUGAUCUUUCUAGAUGGGGAUUCUGUAGUGGAAAGGUAUUUUAAGGUAGGUCAAAUAGGUUGAUUUUUCUCGGCCCUUGCGUUUUAUUUUUGAUUUUAUUUUGACCGGAAGUUCCGCUUUUGACUCGCUUAACGUAGCCUGUGGUAGCAUUAAGCUAGUGUUGAUAAGGUAAGUUGAGGAGGGUGAUAGUUUCUGUUUUAAAGGGAAUUCGUCUCAAUUUAAACAACCAGAGCGCAGCUGAAAAAUUGGAUAUUGUCGCGGAGCACCUGGACGCACUUGUCAUCUCUCACAAAACAGCUUAUUGUCCUCAAACUUGUGGCGUGGGAAAAGCAACAACCAACUGAAUGGCUGAGGGUAACUCCGACCCCCCUGAUCUUAGUCCAGAUGAUCAAAAACCCCAUCAGCACAAAUCCAGAAGAGGCCGGCCCAGGCACAACAAUAACAGAAACCUCAGCCCUCAUGACCCUUAUGAUCCUUCUCAACAAUAUGGACACUUUCACCAGGGCUUUCAACCCCCAUUUAGCCAUGAUUAUUCAAAUUAUGCAUUGCAUCAGCAUCCUUCCUAUCAAGAAGAAGAUGGAGCCAGAAGGCGUGGGAGAGGUAGAGGAAGGAGAGAAGGAAACAGAAGUGUAAAUGGUGGCUCCAGCUCCUGGAGGCAAAGACCUGGAGGCGACUCUGGCCCAUACAGUGGUAACAACAGAGGUGCGUGGGCCUGUCACUCAGGGAAACAUCCCAUGGAUGGACCUGAUUCACCCAACUGGCGAAGAGAAGAUGUGGGCAGAAAUUUGGAACAAAUCAAUGAAGACCAGGAUUCACAGGCUGAAAACCCCAGAAAGUUUAGCCAAGAGAAGAGAAGAGGACAACAAAAUGAAAGGGGUCCUCGCCUAAAAGACAACAUUACAUCAGUAAGGGGUCAGAGGUCAGACUUCACCAAAAGAGAACCCCCUGCUUCAGAUGUCACAGAAAGAACUGAGAGGAGCAGAACAGGUCCAGACUUUCAACAUGAUGAUCAUCAGAGGAAACACCCUGAGGCAACCAAACGUCAAGGACCAAUCAAAGCACCCAAACCACCAUCUCAGCACGAAACAGGCUCAGAGAGGGGGGCCAGUGUCCAAAAUGAUUCUGGCCCUGGCAGAUCAUCUCAGGAGCCUGCCUCUAAAGCUGGGCGAGGCUCAGGGCGACACACACCGCUUCAGGCCAGAGGAGGGAGAAGAACACCUCAUCAGAACCAGAGGCUGAGCCAGAGGAACUGGAACAAGAUACCAGAGAGCAAGGAGACACAGACAGGGUGUCUGAUUGAACAGUUGUCAGAGGAGAAGUAUGAGUGCAUGGUUUGCUGUGAUGUCAUCCGGCUCAUGGCACCGGUGUGGAGCUGCCAGAGCUGCUACCACGUCUUCCACCUGAACUGCAUCAAGAAGUGGGCGCGAUCCCCGGCCUCUCAGGCAGAUGAUUCAGCUGAAGGUUGGCGUUGUCCGGCCUGCCAGAAUGUCACACUGAAACAUCCAACCUCCUACACCUGCUUCUGUGGUAAAGUGACAAACCCGGAGUGGCAACGCAGUGAGAUUCCCCACAGCUGUGGUGACAUGUGUGGGAAGAAAAGGAGUGGUCUGGACUGCAACCACCCCUGUAACAUCUUGUGUCACCCUGGACCUUGUCCACAAUGUCCUGCCUUUGUAACAAAGUCCUGUAUCUGUGGGAAGACCAGUCAACCAGUUCGCUGUGGCCAGGGUACUGUGCUGCGGUGUGACAAGGUGUGUGGCGCCUUACUAAACUGUGCUAAACACACCUGCACCCAGGUGUGCCACAGUGGGGCUUGUCAACCCUGCCAGCUGCAAGUUCAGCAGGUUUGCUACUGUGGUGUUACCACUCGCCAAGUCCUGUGUGGCACAGAUAAGGAAGGAUUUGAUGGGUCGGGGCAUUUCUCCUGUCAAAAAAUAUGUGGGAUGAUGUUAAACUGUGAAGCUCACCGGUGCCAGCAGGUGUGCCACCGUGGUCAGUGCCAGCUGUGCUCACGCUCCCCGAGCCUGGUGAAGACAUGUCCCUGCGCUCAGACACCUCUGGCCAAACUCCUGGAGCUGGGCUACCCUGAAAGACAAAGCUGCUCUGAUCCCAUCCCCUCCUGUGGAAAGACAUGCAACAAACCCCUGGCCUGUGACUCCAGCGACACCAUCCAUCUGUGUGAGAAGUUGUGCCAUGAAGGCAGCUGUGGGCCAUGCUCCCUGACCUCUACUGUCAGAUGCAGAUGUGGCUCCAAGACCAAGGAGAUCCCGUGUGCAACAAUCCAAAAAGAGGAGGAACUCAUCUUCACUUGUGAGAAGCGCUGCAACAAGAAACGCUCCUGUGGCCGACACAAGUGUGGCGAGCUGUGUUGUGUGAGUUUGGAGCACAAGUGCCUCUUGAUCUGCGGCUACAAGCUCAACUGCGGCCUCCACCGCUGCCAGGAGCCUUGCCACCGUGGAAACUGUGAUCCCUGCUGGCAGUCCAGUUUUGAUGAGCUGACGUGUCACUGUGGGCUCACUGUCUUGUACCCGCCCAUCGCUUGUGGCACAAAGCCUCCAGAGUGCAAAAACUUGUGUACAAGAAGACAUGAGUGUGACCAUCCAGUGUUUCACAACUGCCACAGUGAAGAGAAGUGUCCACCUUGCACAUACCUCAUCCAGAAAUGGUGCAUGGGAAAGCAUGAGCAACGCAGCAACAUCCCAUGUCAUCUGCAAGACAUUUCUUGUGGCCUGACGUGUAAUAAAAUGCUGCCGUGUGAAAAGCACCGCUGCAAACGAAUCUGCCACCGGGGCGAGUGUUUGGCAGAGGGCAGCUGCCAGCAGCCCUGCACGCUGCCUCGUCCAGACUGUGGCCACCCGUGUGCCGCUCCCUGUCAUCAAGGCAGCAGCUGCCCACGCACCACCUGCACUGCCAAGGUGGCUUUACAGUGUGAUUGUGGUCGAAAAAAGGAAACCGUAAUCUGCACUGAAGCGACCAGCUCAUAUCAGAGGUAUGCAGCUAUUGCUAUGGCCAGCAAACUGUCUGACAUGCAGCUUGGCGACUCCAUGGACAUUGGCCAAUUUCUCACUAAAAAGGAAAUGAAACAGACCAGGCUUGAAUGUGAUCAAGAGUGUGCUACUCUGGAGAGGAACAGGCGUUUGGCAGAGGCUUUGCAGAUCGACUCCUCUUCGGACCCGUUUAACGUCCGCUCCACCUCUGUGUACAGCGACAGCCUCAAAGAGGAUGCCAGAAAAGACCUGAAAUUUGUGACAGAAGUAGAAGAAGAGAUCAAGAAUCUUGUUGAGCUUGCUAAUAAGGGAAAACAACCAAAGAGGAGCCACUGCUUCCCACCCAUGAACAGAGAACACCGGAAGAUCAUCCACGAGCUGGCCGAGGUCUACGGAGUGGAGAGCGUGAGCUACGACAGCGAGCCCAAACGCAACGUGGUCAUCACAGCCCAAAAGGGGAAGGCCGUCUGCCCGAACUCAACCUUGACAUCAGUGAUCGAGCGAGAGACGGCUGCGAGGGCCCCUCCUCCCAUUGCUCAUAUCAAACAGCACAGCAACAAGGCCGCCAGUGGAAGUACUUGGUCGAAGAUGGUUAAAGAAGAGCCUCUAAUUGAUUACUUUGAUGUCCAGGACUAAAAUAAGGCCUAAAAAAGGAACCCUCAGGAUCCGUUCAUAAAUACACCAGUCAGUGUUCAUCAAAGAUCAAUAAGUGUAGCAGAGGUUCUGCAAAGCCUCUCUUACAAUAAAAUUUAAUCAAAUAAAAUUAUCUUUGCAAAUAUCUCUCAGAUCGCCUAAUGGGAACACCCGCAAUUGUUAUAUCCGGGAGGAGCACUUGAAUGAGUGCCGAGUCAAGUGCUCUCCUUGCAUUUAUAAAGCUGAUUCAGUCUUGUGCAGAUUCUGAAGAAGUUUCAUUUUGAAAAGUUCCUGAUUGUUUUCUUUGCCUUUACCUUUGUGUGCAUCCAGUCCUUCAUUAAAGUCAACUUAAUAAAAA